AUGUCUGGUGUUUCACCUGUUGCAGCCUACUCUCCGGCACAGCCAUCUUUGCCAACACCAUCACCAUUUUCCUUUUCAGUUGCUUCUACCAGGUGGAGCUCCAGACCUUCGAUUCAUCUCUCCAACUUAUUACUGCGGUCUCUGACCCUCCUGUUCUCCUUUGUUUCUGCUCUUUCACUUGCUGCUCCAUCACCAAACAAGAAUGAAGGCAAAUUACAUCAUGGCUUCCUCGCCUACACGGAAUUCAAGUACUGCUUCAUUGUGACCAUCUUGGCUUUCCUCUACUCGGCCUAUCAACUCUUUAAAGGUGUUUGCGACAUGGCUUACAGAGGCAUUCUCAUCUCAGACAUGGCAUCCGACUACAGUAGCUUCAUUCUUGACCAGUUGGUGGGUUACCUUCUCAUCUCAUCCUCCUCAGUAGUAGUACCAGUGAUACAACAGAUAGAACAGAGUACAUCGCUUUGGAAGGCAGCUAUUGUCUCAGUCAGCAUGUCCUUCGCUGCUUUUCUUGUUAUUGCAGCUUCUGCACUCCUAUCAGGGUAUAAACUCUGCAAGAGAAUAAUAUGGUGACACGGUGUUGUGACGAUGAAAGGAAAAUAUAAAAGAAUUGCAACAAAACUUACUGUCUUCUACUUAGAUGGCCAUCUCUAAA